UAACUUGUUGAAACAGGAUCUUCCAGUGUUGUUCCGUCACGAAACCCAGCAAAAUGAGGAAGAGUAGCUCAGUGGAACUGGAGAGAAAUGACUUCUCAACCCUUCCCACCCCUCUCCUUUUUUUAUGAGAGUAAUUUAGGAAGUGCAGUCUAAGAGUCAUUAAGUACAGAAUCCUAUAAACGUCAGAGUGAGUUGUAUUCUGCUUUUGUUUGGCUUGCUGAGUGACAUACUAUACCUUAACUCUGAUGAAGAAGCCAUUACUGAGGGCCAUAAAGGGAUCUGCAUUAAGAAUCCAAUUCCUGACGCAGCCAUCUGGCUCCAUGGAGUGAGGUUGCAGCAUCAUGCACCAUGCUGGUGAUGUCACGGGCACCACGAAAGACAAGAGCAUAUAGCCGGUCUAUUGGGGGUAGGAAAUCAAACUUAAGAAGCACACAGAUCCAGUAUUACCUGUGCCUCAUUUUAAAUAGCCAUUUUUUCAGUUUUUUGACUGAAGUUGGAACACAUUUCUUCAUCCUCAGCUGUAUCAGUGCCCAUCUGCCUAAAACCGAAGCUUCUCACUGGCAGGAUGUCAUGAAGGAUUUGAAACACAUUCAAUUUCUCAUCCAAUCCUUAGAUAUAGACACCAUUCUGUAUACUGAAAGUAAUGCCCAUCCAAGUUGUAAAAUCACCGCGAUGAGGUGCUUCCUUCUGGAGCUUCGUGUGAUUUCCUAUGAAUGCAAUAAUACCAGGCUCACUGAAACAGUAGAAAAUGUCAUCGUCAUUGCCAAUACCACAUUAUCAUCAGACAGGAACAUCGCAGAAUCAGGAUGCAAAGAAUGUGAGGAACUGGAGGAAAAAAAUGUUGGAGAAUUUUUACGGAGCUUCAUACACAUAGUCCAGUCAUUUAUUGGCACAUCCUAAUGUUAUUUACUGCCUCUUCAUUGCUUCUGUCAGUGAAAACUUUCUGUAUGAACUUCUGGGGCAAGGACUCAUCUCCACCAGCCACCAGAAUUUGUCUCUCUUUUGAGAUGAUGAUCAAGACUAUGGAAUUAAUUCACAUCACAGAACAAAGACAGAAAAGGAACCAA